AUGAUUGUCUUUCCUUGCCCGAGAGGGAGUGAUGACUCCUUCAAUCCCGUCGUGAGCGUUCAUUGUCGAGAAUUCGACUUCACCUUGCUCUUUGAGGAUGUGGUUCUAGUUUCUAUCCCCUCGUUUAUCUUCCUAGCAAUCCACUCCAUCCGCAUCGCCUGUCUCCUCCCGAAGCCAGUGAAGGUUGCCAACCAACGGCGAACAAUCAUUCUAAUGGCCGUGCAUGCUGUACUUUUAGGAAGUCAGUUAGCGUUGCUCGGUAUCCGACACAAUACCCCGACGCUGCAGACGCGGGUAUGGCUCGCCGCGCAAAUCCUGCAGACAGUCGAUACUUGUGUGGCGAUUUUAACUACAUACUUUGAGCGCGCUCACUCGUUGCGGCCCCCUAUCUGGCCCAGCCUCUACUUGUUUGUGGCGGUGCUGUUGGACAGUGUCCGCGCCCGGACGUUCUGGCUUGCUUCGAACACCAUCUUUGCGCCCAUCAUCUUGAGUGUGGCGUUGGGUCUACGCGUUUUGCUUCUGAUACUUGGGUCAACACUACCAACACGCUCACGACCCCUGCAGCAUCAAGAUACCACAAAAGAGGAAAGCAGCAGUUUGUGGGAGCUGUGUUUAUUGACAUGGGUGCUCCCAAUUCUGAAACAAGGCUUCUUUUCGCCUUUGACUUUGGAGCAGGUUCCGCCCAUCGGGCACAGCCUCACGGCAGAAACGCUGAUGAGAAGGCUGCAGCGGCGCUGGAAUCAGGUGUACCAAUCACGCGGAAACCAGCUCUUUUUCACUCUAUUCCGGACAUUCAAAAUCGAAUUCGUGCAUGGAGUCAUUCCCCGAUUGUGUUUCUCGGCGUUCACCCUGAUGCAACCCCUUUUGGUCAACGCCAUAAUCAAAUUCGUGGGGUCCAACGAUAACCAGACAACGCGGAACAAAGGGUAUGGUUUGAUCGGAGCAUCGGCGAUAGUUUAUCUUGGGCUUGCAACAUCCAAGGCAAUUUACAACAGACAGGCGUAUCGCUUCGUGAUUGGAGUCCGGGGGGCUUUACUCGCCACAAUCUACAGUCGAACCCUUGAGCUCGGCGCUGCAGAUCAAGGGAGUACAUCUGCACUCACCUUGUUGGGGACGGACGUGGAGCGAAUCGCGACGGGCCUCCGGGACGUGCACGAGAUAUGGGCGUCGCCGAUCGACAUAGGGCUAGCGAUUUGGCUGCUUGGAAGACAGCUGGCCGUAUCCUGUAUCGUCCCUGUUGUGCUAUCUCUCCUGUGUAUACUUGUUAUCGCAAAGGUAUGCAAGUUGAAGAAUCAGGCUCAGCGCGAGUGGAUCGAGAGAGUGGAACGCCGGAUUGAUGUCACUCGACAAAUGCUCAAUGACAUCAAAUCCAUCAAACUACUUGGUCUUGGGGCGCAGAUCGAGUCUAUCAUCUCCCGUUGUCGGUCGAUCGAGAUUGCAACCUCCCAUAAAUUUCGCUCGUUGUUGUGUUGGGAGGUCUUCAUUGCCAAUUUCUCGUGGCUGGUGUCUCCAGCUGCCUCCUUUGCCUUGUUCACCAUAGUCUCGACCGCAAACAAAAGCAGCUCACUCGACCCUGCGCAGGCAUUCACCGCACUGUCUCUAAUGAGCCUGAUUACACUACCAGUUCUCACGUUGAUCCAGGCCCUACCCGCUCUGUUUCAAUGCUUGGGCUCCUUUACCAGGUUGCAGGAAUAUUUCGCCCACCACAAUACACAGCCUAUGUAUCUCGACUCAAAACUACUGUCGUCAAGUCCAUCACUGCUUGGCCGCUCGGGUUCCGAGGUUCCAUCCACAGGCACAGAGAAGGGCCCUCUGAUCGCCUUGCGGAAUGCCACGGUUAAGUGGAGCACCUCCGGACCUGCGGUAGUUCACGAGAUUGAUUUCGAUGUGCACAAGGGAGAUAUACUAGCUAUUAUGGGCCCAGUGAGCGCCGGCAAGACCACGCUUCUGGAAAGCAUUCUGGGCGAAACCGUCGUUGACCACGGGUACAUCCAUACGCACCCUGUGCCGACGGCAUACUGCAGCCAGGUCCCCUGGCUUGUUGAGGGGACCGUCCGUGACAAUGUCGUUGGGCCUCUGGGUAUGCAGCCCGCGUGGUAUCACCAAGUGCUCUGGAUGUGCGGGGUGGGCGAGGAUCUACAAGCCCUGCCGGAGGGGGAUUUGACCCGUGUCGGCGGGCACGGGAGUGCUCUCAGCGGUGGACAGAAGCAACGAGUCGCUCUGGCUCGUGCGGUCUACUCGCGAUGUGAGCUUGUUAUCCUAGACGAUAUCUUCAGUGGCCUCGAUUCCGUCACGAUUGACAGAAUCUGCCACCGCCUGCUGAGCGUUGACAGAGGGUACUUCCGUCGCAAGGGGAUCACCGUGCUACUAUCGACGCAUAAUUCCAAGGUUGCCGCACUCGCGGACGAAAUAUUCGUCCUUGAAGAUGGUAGAGUGGCGCAGCAUACUUUGUCUUCACCUCCAACACAGUCAUCAGAAACUCAAUCUCUCUCGACGGAGGCCGACGAAGAAGUUCCCAAACAAUGGCCCAUGGUAUCCGAACGUUGCGUGGAACCCGAAGAGGAAGAAUUGCCGUCCGACGACAACAGUCGUUCUCAGGGAUCGACACAGUCUUCCCAUGUUGAAGAUGGGGCUGGCUAUCUCUACUACCUCAAAUCUACCGGUCGAACUCUUGCAUCAGUCUACGUCAUUCUCAUCCUCAUAGCCGCGUUCUGUCAGGACUUUCCCAAUCUAUGGAUGAAGUGGUGGUCGAAUGCAGAUUCGCAAGGCUCAAGCCAGCUUUCAGGGAUGUAUCUCGGAGUUUUUAUUGCCUUCGCAGUCGGCACUGUUGUGGUUGGUGCAGCAGGCUCUUGGGUCUACCUAAUACGUAUGAUCUCCAACAGCGCAGAACGCCUACAUAUCGACCUUUUGCGCAGCAUAAUGAGUGCUCCUCUUUCUUGGCUAAAUGGAACCACCGCGGGCGAUAUCCUGAAUCGAUUCAGUCAGGACCUGGAGCUGGUGGAUAUGACAUUGCCACUGGCAGCUGUCAACGCAACCAAGGCCACCGGGUCCUGUCUCCUAAAAUUAGCAAUCCUCUUUGUGGUAGCCAGGUAUAUGUCCCUGGCGGUCCCACCCCUAUUGCUAGUCUGCUUCCUCCUGCAGAAAUGCUACCUGCGCACCUCGCGACAGAUCCGCCUGCUCAGCAUCGAGACCAAGGCCCCUCUGUUCCAGCACCUCUCCGAAGCCCUCAGCGGUGGUGCGAGCAUCCGGGCGUUCCAAUGGCAGACCUACCUCAAGGAAGCUAAUCUUUCGAUGGUGGACAAUUCGCAGAAAUGCACGUACACGCUGUUCAUGGUCCAACAAUGGCUGACCCUCGCCAUGGACCUAAUUGCCAGCGGUCUCAUUCUUCUGCUAACAAUGUUGACGGUUCUGAUGCGGGACUCCUUCGACCCGGGGUCAUCGGGUACCGCCGUUGUGACCCUUAUGAGCUUCACGCAGUCCUUGGCCCGGCUGCUGAAAUUCUGGUCGAUGACCGAGUCCUGUCUCGGGGCUGUCUCACGGAUCCAGUCGUUCACAGCCCAAACCCCCUCCGAAUCCAGCGGCAAGGCCGCCCUCCCACAGCAGACGACCUGGCCCAGCAUUGGCGCCAUCGAGGUGCAGAACGUGGGUGCUGCAUAUAAAUCCAAACCCGUCCUAAACGACGUAAGCAUGCGCAUCGAACCCGGCCAGAAGAUCGCGCUGUGCGGCCGCUCGGGCAGCGGCAAAUCCUCCUUACUGCUGUGUCUGACCGGACUCCUGCGACCCCACUGCGAGACCGGCACCAUUCACAUCGACGGCCUCGAUAUCACUUCUGUACCCCCGCAGGACCUGUGCGCCCGCCUGAGCGUCGUCCCCCAAGAACCGUGCUACCUCCCCGGCACCAUCCGCUUCAACAUCGAUCCGACCCACACCCUCUCCGAGCCGGCUCUAGCCCGCAUACUCGACACAACACAUCUCACCGAGGUCGUGGCACGACUAGGCGGCAUGGACGCCACUCUCGAUCCGACGCGCUGGUCCGCCGGCCAGGGGCAGCUGCUAGCGCUGGCGCGCGCGAUCGCCCGGCAGAGCAAGGUGUUGAUCCUAGACGAGGCGAUGAGUCGGGUUGAUCAAGCGACACAAGCCCUGAUGGAUAGGGUCGUUUCGCUGGAGUUUGCGGACUGCACGGUUCUGUCGAUCGUCCACCGGUAUGACAAUAUCGCGUGGUUUGAUAAGGUGGCGGUGAUGGAGGAGGGGCGACUCGUCGAGUUUGAGCGGCCAGACGCUCUGCUGGCGCGGGAGGAGUCGCGGUUUCGGGCGCUGUAUGUCUCUAGUGGGUGCUCGUGAUGUGGGUACCAUCUUCCUUUCACCUAGUUGUCGUCUCUGUGACUAAGAUUGUGGGAAAAUAAUGUAUAUGUAAAUAGUCAUGCGGGG